CGCUCGACCCAUGACGCCAUGACGUUUUGCUCCCAAACAAUCUUCAGGAAAAGGCCACGUUGACGACUCUGGGCUGAAGUUCCGUCCUAAAUUUGGGCCAGAAUAAAACGAUAAGACGACCGCGUACGCUGUACUUUUUCCUCGUCACACUUUGGAGCCUCAAAGAUGUCAUCUCCACCGAAGGAGAAGCCCGAAACAAAGGGUGGACACCCUCCUGCAGUUAAAGCCGGGGGGAUGAGGAUAGUGCAGAAGCACCAGCCGACUGCUAAUCCGGAGCCUCCACCAAAAGAUGAUGAUGAGGAGGAGUAUGUGAGCAGUAGUCCACCAAAGAUCCCUGUGAUUGUGUCUGGAGUGGUUACUAAGGGCGAUAAGGACUUCACCCCGGCUGCUGCCCAGGUGGCACACCAGAAGCCCCAGCCUGGCAUCCCCAAGCUCCCCCCCUCUCAGCACAUCAACCAGCAUAUCCAUCAGCCCCGCAAGUGAGCCAGAAGCUCGCUACGCUGUGGCCAUGCUAACUCCACCGGUCGGCCUUCCCAAUUGAACACAAUUUCCCGCUCGCCACAAAUGUCUUUCGAUUAAUUGAUUUUUUUUUUUUUUUUUGUUGUUGAUUUAGGUUGUAUGAUGUGGAAUUUGUCUACAAAAAGCCUAUACCAGUAUGAUGAUUUUUUUUUUUUUUUCCAGCCACAGUCUUUAUACCUCCCCUGCAUCGGUGCUGCACUAAUAAUUGUGCACUUUUGUCUCCUUUCCUCAAGAUGCAUCUUUUUGAAAGUCUUAAGUUGAUAUAGACCUCUAUUGUGUGAUUUAAAACGAGCAGAGAAUUGGUCAUCCAAGUCAACUCAUUAACAUUUGGUUAAUUAAGGCCACUGAAAUACCCAAUUAGUAUGACGGAAGGCCUCCGACAUAGUUAAAAGGCCAAAAGACCCGAAUGGUGAAUUAUGGAGAGGUCAUCUGUUUUUAACAAUAAUAAAAAAGAAAAUGAAAUUUCUUUGUUUACAAAAAAAAACAAAAAACAUAUAUUUUCAUAUGAAGACUGUUGCCACAUUGCACAUGGGCCACAAAAAGGAAACUUGAGAGCAUUAUAUCCAAUAAGUAUUCCUGCAGUGCACCCACUAAUUGGGCGUAUCCUAAUUAAGGCAAGAAUCCUGAAAUAUUUGUCAGUGUCUGAAAACAUAGUGUCAAAUAUUUAAUUAGCUGCUUGAUAUGAGGUGUCAAGGGUAUUCUAUUCUGUAACACAGCAAACCUUAAUGUAUUUAGCUUUUGCAGCGUUAUCACAGCAAUGUUAUAAAUGUGCUAUGCACGCACAACCUGCUUCUAGCAAAGAUAAUCCAGCAGUGCCUGUUCAAAUCUUGCACCACACUGUUUUUUAUGUUUCUUUUAUUUCAGCAGCUAAUAAGCCAAAUCCCUAGCGAGUGUGUACCUUGGAUCAAAAGCAGCAGAGAUGCAUGCUGCGUUUUUUUUUUUUUUGUUUUGUUUUUUUUAGUUUUGCUGCUUUCCUUCAAGCUUUAACAUACCAGGGUCUAAGUAUAACAAUCCAAACAAAACCAUGUCACCCACAAACUGCAGAAAUAUAAAUUGAAGGUAACAAAAAGAAUAAUUGCAAAAAGAAAAAAAUCAACAUUCCAUUUUGUUUGUGGUAUUGUGCAAAAUGUUCAUACAUCAAAUGUUCAUUUUUAGCACAAAGCUUCUGUAUUUUAUACAUAUCAAGAUACACCAUCCAUUUAAAUGGAUUUGUCAAAACACUAAUGUUCAGGAAGUUAGACACCCAUUUUUGCCAAGAAUCAGAGAUAAUUUCAUUUUUGUUAAUUUAAGUUGAAAGGAAUUUUAUUGUUGCUGUCUUUUGCAUUUCUCUUGAGUCAUAUGUUCAAUUGUUUCAACUGGAGUUUGGUAUUGGUUGUGGUUGUCAUAGUAAAUAAAGAUAU